UGGCUUGAAAGUGACGGAGGAUCUCAAAGGGGAGCGGGCCAUGCAGAGCGUGCACAGAGGAGAUCCCGGCGGCCAGGCGAGGGGGCCACGAAGCUUCCCUCUGCUGUCCUCUUACUUUAUUGAGAGCAUCCUAGGCAGAGGUAACGACGGGGCUAAGCAGCCAGACCAGUUAGUAGCGGAGAAAGAGCUGGACAAAGAGGUCAACGAAGAAGAAGCAGCAGAUGAAAAACUGGAGAUGAAUAUGGUGACUGACAACCCUCCUGUCUUCUACGUGACAGAUGCCGUCAGAGAGGAGGCCACCCUUGGGACCGCAAUCUCUCAUCCAGCGAUCGUCAAUAGCCAGUCCUCUUCAAGUUCCGAAGGUCUAAUUCAGGAGAUGGAAUCUAUAUACUCAAAUUACAUAAAGUCCCAUCAGAUCCACUGUCUAGACGAGAAAUGCAUGCAGUCAGCAAAGGAGAAGGAGCUAGAUGAAGAGAAACUGUUCGCUGGCAAACCGCACAGAACAGGCAGCGAGAGUGUAGGGAGCAAGUGUCUCUCCCCGGAGCAUCCCGACAGCUCCUCUCCGAAGAGAAAGCAGCGGCGUUACAGGACCACCUUCACCAACUUCCAACUGGAAGAGUUGGAGAGAGCUUUCAGGAAGUCCCAUUAUCCGGACGUCUUCUCCAGAGAAGAACUCGCAAUGCGCUUGGAUUUAACAGAGGCAAGAGUACAAGUUUGGUUUCAGAACCGCAGGGCUAAGUGGCGAAAGAGGGAGAAGGCUGGCUUGCUGAGUAAUAUACCUGGACUGUCUCUUGGUGCUCCGCUGGGUCUGUAUUUGGAUAUCCCACUGAACCAGACUAUAGGUUUGGAUCCAGCGUGGAGAUCUGCUGCACUUCCUGCUUUGGGAAUCCCUCACUCAUCUCCAGCUUUGAACCCAUCAGGGCUGGGCAAUCUGGGCCUGAACACGCUAACCUGGGCUUCUCUUUUUCGACAUUCCCUUAUUCAGCCACAUUUCAACAGGUUUUUUUCUGCAGUGAACCCAUUAAUGGGGACGGCUUCAUUUCUACUUAAACCUCCAGGACAGGUCUUUGAUUCAUCAGCACCUCCCUUGAUGUUAGAUGCUACCAGCAGCGAUCGGAAAUCCUCCAGCAUUGCAGCAUUGAGACUUAAAGCUAAGGAGCAUGUUGUGCAUAUGCCACCACUUGACACUUAAAUUGAUGCUUCUGGGGUAGGCCAUGGAUAAGCCUUUUGGAAAGGAUCCACCAUCACCUGUCCCGUCUCUAGGCUGGAUUGCCAGGAUAAAGCUUUUCCAAAGAAGGGGGCACUCUGAGCCAGAAAGAAAAGUGUUCCUAGUGGUAAACAUAACUUACUGUAUGUCAAAGUAAAACCAUUUUGUGUUUUCUUUUCCUGUAACACCCUAACCAUGCUGUCAGGUUAAAAUACACACUAGGCAAGAGGUGGGUGGCACUGGGCAAUUUAAACCUCAAAACAGCAUAAUUCCAAGGACAGGUGCUCUACAAGGUUUUUCUUUCUGCAUUUCCCUUUUUUUGCAUUUUUCUUGUCACUUCCAACUCAGUAUAUGCUUUUUUCUUAGUAUUUACCAUCUUCUGUGGUGAUUUAAUUUUGGGAAGCAGAUCUUCGUAACAUCAUUUUCACAUAUUUUUGAAAUUCAGCAACUCAAUUAACAUUUUUUUUAAAAAUUUUUAGAUUGUAUAUUCACUGUCAUUUGCUUGCCUAAAUUUCCCAAUGAUAGGAGGUGCAGUAACAUUACCAGAUUACAAUGCAUACAUUCAAUCAAAGCAGGUCAGCUGUUCCAUUUUUUAUUUCUUUUCUUUAUUUGAAACAUUUGUUUUAGAGUUUUUGGUACCAUAUCUGAUACUGGAUCCUGCUCUUCUCCAUAUGAUGCUAGGAUUGGCUGUGGUCAUCAUAGGGCUAUGUAUUGGGAUAAGCAACUUAAUGAAUAAAAUGAAUGAAUUGAUGACUUUAAGGGUUUUUGCUCUUUGUCAUUUAUAUUCUGUUUGCCAGAUUUAAAGAAUUAGGGAUUCAUCAUUAUUAGGGUACAAGGUAGGAACCAACAAUGGACAGAGCACCAGUUGACUACAAGGCACAUUCAUAUGCAUGUCAUGUGAUCAAUCAUUAUUUCGACAAGUAAUUAAAUAUAUGUGUCUUUCGAGAUGAAUGAUAGAAUUGGAGUAUCAAAAAAACCCAAACAGAAAAAAAUCGAAUCAGAGUCAGAAUUUGAACCCAGUUUUCUGAAACUGUUUGUCAGAGGCACUAACCACUGUACUACUUUUUCAGCUUUACCUGAGCAUGUUCAGUAGUAUUUGAUAAAUAUUUAACUUACAUAGCCAUUAUUUGUGCAUAACAUUUUAGGUAUCUGAGUUUUUAUUGCAUGAGAUGGAUUUAGAGAGACCAGCAUGGACAUACCAAUUAGAGUAUUCUCUCAUGGUGGUCCUUAGCCAGCAGAACUGUUGCAAAGUCUGACACUAAAUGCACUGGUGCCAUUUGUAAUAUUAAUAAUAAUAAUUCUUGUAUUUACCUUUGUGCAGAUUCUCACUGAUUGUGCAUUUCUUUCUUUAUUUAAUCCUUUUUCUGCACCUAUUUAAUUUGAUCCUCAUGAUUAACUGCAUAAUAAAAGAGUUAUAAACUGUGUAUAGUGAUUAGUGCUGAGCCUCACAGAUUGAGGAGACCUGGCUAUUUUUUCCUUCUUUUUGUACAGUUUGCAUGUACUCCUUUUGUAGGUUUUCCUUCAGAUACUCCUACAUUCCCAACACACGAAGGCUGGACUGACUGGUGCCUCUGAACCAGCCUGCUGUGAGUGAAUGUAGAUGUGUGUGUGAGUGUACCAUGCAUAUACAGGGUCUAUUCCUGCUUAAGACAUAAUUUUCAGUUCUAGGUAUCAAUUUAUUGGAGUAAGCAGAUUUAUAAAAUAUAUGGAUAGACAGAAAUUAUAUACUCCACUCAGUAUCUUUUGUAUAUCCAUAUUUUGUAUUAAUUAUAACAAUUCUUUCGAGGCUAUAAUACAAAGAGUGCUUUUUAAAUGCUACAUGCUAAAUCUGCUGUUUUCUUUGUUCAUUUUCAUGCACAGCGGUACAAGCAACAAUGAAAAAUAAUAAUAAUGACUCAUGGAUGUAGCUUAUCAGGAACUUGUGAACUCAAAAAAUCUUACUUAUACUCUGACCUGAAAUUUUGUCUAUAAAUAGCCAAAUUACAUGCUGGCUAAUCAAAAAAGGAGAAAAUAGACACUUUUAUGCUUACGGGCCACCCCUACCAAGCUAAGCGUAUGUAACGACUUAAAAACACAGGAGUGCUGCCGUGUGGUGUUCAGACCUUAGCCAAUCUACAGUCUCACACUUCUCAGUGUAGGAGCUGAAGCAUUUGCAUGUCAGAAAACUACUAAAGUCUAUUUCUACCCGUUAAGUAAUUAUGGCAAUUGUAAAUAAAAUGCAGGUAUUUGAAAGUGAUACAGAAUUCUUGUUAUACCUGCUGUUGUAAUAUGAACUGUAUAUUUGUACUCGAUACACAUAAAAAUUAGUUACUUAUUAAUUUUCACAAAUCUUGUCCAAGGUAAUUUAAACAGUUAUAGUCAAUUUAUUAUGCAAGGGAAUCAUUUCAAUUUAGCUGCCUUAAAAAGGUUUUUUUGGGCUAAAAACACAUCUGAAAGUUUAAUCUGUAAGAAAUAUGACAAAACCAAUAUUAUUAAAAAUGCAAAAUUACCUUUAAAAUUUUGAAUGAAAUAGGGAAGCAAGCAUGUUACUUUUAAUAACUGUUGUUUUGUCUUAUGCUAUAAUAUAUAAUUGUAAUGUAUCCAUUUCCAAGUUCAGGACGUAAUUUAUGAAAUUAUUGACUGCAUACUGCAUUAUGGUGUAUUUUAAAUGAGACCUAUCAUGUCACUGAAAUGGGGAUUUUGUUUUUAAACUCCUAGGAAAACCUUGUUGCUCAGUGAAUUUGGUAGUUUAAGCACAGAAAUAGUUACACAGUGUCCUCACUUUGGCUCCCUUUACUGAUGGUGGGUUUACUUUACAAACUGGAAAACACAGGUGGUAUCCUCAUUGGAAUGGAUGAUACUUCCUAAAUUUUACUAAAAAAACAAAGGCUGUAAUAGCAUUACAAUUUUAGUGAUUUUUACACCAAAGUAUUCAACUAUGUGCCUCUGUGUAUCAUUUUGUAACAUCUCAGCGGAGUAUUUAUAAUUGAAAUCUCUCAGAGUUAUAAAGACGCUUUACUUAAUAUAUGUCUUCAUUGUAAAUGUAAAAUAAUGAUAGAAGGAGUUGGCUUGUUUUCUUUUUUCUUGCAUAAAUAAUA